UCUUCCCCAAUGACCGGCUCGGGACCGUCCGGAAGUGGAGCACAACCCCUCAGCCCAAAGCCAAUCGUUGUUGCUCUGCGCGGCAACGGUUGAAAUUUGCCCUUCCGUUUUCACACGCUUGUCAGACUACAAAACAAAAGCCCUAGCGGAAGUUCUGAUCUGCUUGGAAUAGGCAUGAUGUCUCGUAGUAGGUUGAGCAAUUGAUUUCAAGUCUCUGAACGUUGGAGAUGAGUAAUCUGCAAUAGCUCUGCUCUCCAAACAGCAAAAUCAAAUACCACUAAUUCAUUCAAGUUAUUCUUGAGGUGGGUUAGACGUUGCAAAGGACAAAAUGGCGGCUUGGUUAUUGCUUUCUAGGCUGGGAAGAAAUUUUAUCAGUCCCAGGUGUCAAACACUUCGAAUUGCUUUGGACAGUGGUACUGCAGUUGGCACCCAUUAUGCACCACUACAGUCUUUCACCGAAGAAGAGCUGAUGAUGAAAGACACAGUUGCCAAGUUUGCUCAGGAACGAAUAGCUCCAUUGGUUCGCAAAAUGGAUGAAGAGUCGCACAUGGAUGAAUCUGUUAUUGCAGGAUUGUUUGAACAAGGGUUAAUGGGCAUUGAGAUUGAAGAGCAGUAUGGCGGACCAGAAUCAACCUUCUUUUCCUCUAUCCUUGUCAUAGAAGAGUUGGCCAAAGUGGACCCAUCAGUGGCUGUAGUAUGCGACAUACAGAACACCCUCAUCAACACAUUAUUAAGGAAAUGUGGGACUGAGGAUCAAAAAAGAAAAUAUCUACCUCGACUAGCCACGGACAUGGUUGGCAGCUUCUGUCUGUCUGAAGUUGAGUCUGGAAGUGAUGCAUUCUCUUUGAAAACUAGUGCUGAAAAGCAUAAAGAUUACUAUGUCCUGAAUGGCUCUAAGAUGUGGAUUAGUAAUGCUGAUUUUGCUGGUAUAUUUCUUGUUAUGGCAAAUGCGAACUUCUCUGCCGGAUACAGGGGGAUCACAUGCUUCAUUGUAGAUAAAGACACUGAAGGCCUUCAAGUGGGAAAAAAAGAAGAUAAACUUGGAAUUCGUGCAUCAUCUACGUGUGCAGUCAAUUUUGAUAAUGUAAAGGUUCCAGAGAGUAAUAUUUUGGGACAGCUGGGACAAGGGUACAAAUAUGCCAUUGGAAUGCUAAAUGAAGGCAGGAUUGGGAUUGCUGCGCAGAUGCUUGGGUUGGCACAGGGAUGCUUUGAUAGCACUAUUCCUUACUUGAAGCAGCGAGUUCAAUUUGGACAAAGGAUCUAUGAUUUCCAGGGUAUGCAACACCAGAUUUCUCAGAUUGCAACCCAGUUGGAAGCUGCACGACUCCUUACUUACAACGCUGCUCGACUGAAAGAAGCAGGGAAACCCUUUAUUAAAGAAGCCUGUAUGGCAAAAUACUAUACUUCUGAGGUAGCAGCCUUGACCUCUGCCAAAUGUAUUGAAUGGAUGGGAGGAGUUGGCUUCACCAAAGACUAUCCAAUAGAAAAAUACUAUCGUGAUUGUAAAAUAGGUUCAAUAUAUGAAGGAACCUCAAACAUCCAGCUGAACACAAUUGCAAAAUUGAUGGAUCAAGGGUUCUAAUCAUGCUGUUUGUCGUCAACAGCUUCAAUGAAACUUUAUUAAGAGGACACCAUUUAAUGAAUAACAAGAGAAAACAGUGCACUUUCCAAAAAUUGUUCUGCCUUCUGUAUGCAGUGGUUUCCAUUUAUUACAAUAUAGCUUCACAAGUAAACUCAAAUAACACUUUUGUCAAAUUACUUUAAUAUCAAUUUAUUAAGCUCCUCUUUCAACUUUGAACAGUUGAACUUUGAGUUCUGAUAUCAUUUGUUCCUGAAUGAAUAGAGAUCAGUGUAAUAAAUUUCUGAUUUUAUCAAAUAUCUCCAUUAUGUUUUGAAAGAAUUUGUAUCUGUACUGUCAGAGAGAAAAGCUGUUUAGCAAUUCAAUUAAAAUAUAGCAAGUUUUUGUAAUUGGUUUGAACGCUUGAAUCACUUUUGCAGUUGGUAUUUUGCUCUUGUCAUCUCCUAGCAGAUAGGAAGUUACUGUAAGAGGUCCCUACUUUGUGGUUUUCUCUUAUUCUAGACACUAAAGAUGUUAAGGUGUAUUGGGGACAAUGAAGUUGAGAAAAAGGAUCAGCUAGUAUUGAAUGGCAGAUCAAGAUCGAUGGCCUAAUUCUAUAUCUUUUGUUCCUAGAUAUAUUUAAUAUUGUGUCUAUUUCUCAUGGUGAAGUGAGACAGAAAAAAUACAUUUUUGGGCUUUACUAAUUUCCAGUGUUCCCAGUGGCCAUUGGUUUAAAUUAAUUGGCGGAAAAAUUAAGAGAAGUAGAUUUGUUUUUAUACAAUUGUUGAAAUUCAAUACUGUACUUCCUAUAAGGAUGAUAAAAUCUGACUCCAAACAAACUUUUGAACAUGUACUGAAAAACAGGCUAAUUUGCAGGGUUAUGAGGAGAAACGUGGGAUUUGGGACUAAAUUGGACAGCUGUUCAAAGACCUAGUAUGUGCACAACGGUUUGAAUGACUACCUUCAGUGCUGUAUGAUUCUGUGUAAAAUAAUGCAUUAAUACACUCUUGAGUUUUGCCUUUUUUUAAGUGUGGUUACACAAGAAUUUUGGUAUCAAGCCAUACAAGCAAGGAAGUUUAAAUUUAGUCUUCGAUUUGUGCGGAAUUAGUUGUUGUUAGCCUUUAAAUGAAUACUUGGUGUUGCUCUUAGACUCAUUCCUUUGAGCUAGGAAAUCUAGCUGUUUAGCAACUGGCUGGAACAUGGACUGUGUAGAAGUUGAGUGAGAACAAUUGAACUGGCUGCUGUAACUUGCUGUUUACUACCUAUUGUGCAUAUUUUAUGGUGUUUCCGAUUAAUAAUAAAUUAAACACUUCAAAAGUGAAA